AACCCUUGGUUUAGGAGUGGAGAGGGUUAUUACAGAGCAGGAUGGUUUGGAGAAAGGUACCUCUGCUCCUGCACGGAUUUCUACUGCUGGUGGUGUGUAGACCCUCCCUUCAAGGAGGAAUCUACAUACCAGCUGGUGGAGGGGCCGGAACUGGAGUUGGAACGGGAUUAGGUGUAGGAACUGGUCCUGGUGGAGCUCUCGGAACAGGGCUGGGAACUGGAAUCAGACCCGGAGCUGGUUAUGGAGGUGGUGUAGGUCCUGGUGGACUGGGUGUUGGAGGUCUUGUCCCAGGGGGUGUUGGUCCUGGUGGUUAUGGUACUGGUCCUGGUGUAGGUGGAGGGUUUGGUACAGGAGGACUUGGUGCUGGGCAAUUUGUCAAGCCACCCAAAACAGGAGGAUAUGGAGGUCAAGCUGGACCUGGACUAGGUGCUGGUCUUGGAACUGGAGGAGUUGGUCCUGGUGGGAUUGGUCAAGGAGGAAUAGGACCAGGAGGCAUUGGACCUGGUGCUGGAUUUGGAACUACAGGCCUUGGAGCAGGUGUUGGUGGCAAGCCUCCUAAACUAGGAUAUGGAGGUCAAGGUAUUCCCAUCACUUCUGGUACUGGAGGUCUUGGUGGCCAGGGACUCAGACCUGGGGGUACUGGCAUUGGAGGCUUACCCUGGUAUGGUGGUGCAGGUCUAGGCACUGGUUUGGGUGCUGGUGUGGGAACGCAGCUUGGAGGGCUUAGCCCUGGCGGAACAAGUCUUGGAGGAGCAGGAACAGGUGCGGGUGGAAAGCCCUACAAAAUAGGUUAUGGCCCAGGAGGGGUUGGACCUGGUGGCAUUGGACCAGGUGGCAUUGGACCUGGCGGCAUUGGACCUGGCGGCAUUGGACCUGGUGGUGUUGGACCAGGUGGUUUUGGACCAGGUGGUUAUGGACCUGGUGGCAUUGUACCAGGUGGCGUUGGACCUGGUGGCAUUGUACCAGGUGGUGUUGGACCUGGUGGCAUUGGACCUGGUGGCGUCGGAACUGGAGCAGGAAGAAAACCUGGAAAACCUGGUUAUGGUGGGAUUGGGGGAUUUGGAGGCCCAGCAUUUGGUGGGACUGGAUUUGGCACAGGUGGUGUAGGAGUUGGUCCAGGGGGGGCUGGAAUUGGACCUGGUGGCACUGGAACUGGGCUAGGAGCAGGUGUUGGACCUGGUGGAGCACCAUUUCUCCCUCAAACUGGAUUACCAGGAGCUGGAACUGGGGCAGGUACUGGGAUCAAAGUUGGAAAACCUGGGAAAGUACCAGUGCCAGGCAUUGGAAUUCCUGGUCUCUACCAAGGGGGUAUUGUUCCUGGACAAGGUUUUGGUGGUAGAGGCGUACUGCCAGGUGUAGCAACUGGAUCUCAAACUGGUCAGCUUGGUCAAGAUGCACUUGGAGCCACCGGAGGCCGUGGUGGGUUUGGUCAGCAAUUACCAGGCAUAUUCCAGGGAUAUCCACUCAUCUCUCCAAAGUCUGGAGGUAAAAGUGCUGCAAAUUAUCAGGCUAAAGCUGCCAAGUAUGGUGCUGGUGUUGUGCCUGGACUAGGAGUUGGUCUUGGAAUAGGUGGCGUACCUGGUGCAGGUGGGGUGCCUGGAUUAGGCGGUGUACCGGGAGUUGGAACUGUACCAGGAGUAGGAGGUGUACCUGGAGCAGGCGGUGUACCCGGAGUAGGAGGUGUACCUGGAGUAGGAGGUGUACCUGGAGUGGGCGGUGUUCCUGGUGUAGGCACUGGAGUUUACCCUGGAGCUGGUGGUACCUAUCCUGGAGCUGCCGCAAAAGCUAGGAAAUAUGCUUCAGGGAUAGGGACUGGUGGACUUCCUAUUUCUGGUUUGGGAGUAGGUGGUGUUGGAGCUGGAGGACUUCCUGGCUCUGGUUUGGGAGUGGGUGGUCAUGGUGCUGGAGGACUUCCUGGUUCUGGUUUGGGAGUGGGUGGUCAUGGUGGACCCCUCGGUUCUGGUUUAGGAACUGGUGGUCUUGGAGCCGGACCUGGAGUCAGUCCUGAUGCAUAUGCUGCAGCCAAAGCAAGGAAAUACGCUCAGCUUGGAAGACCUUGGGGGGCUUUAGGUACUGGAGUCCUACCUGGUGGUGGACUUGGAACUGGUGCACUACCUGGUGGAGGACUUGGGACUGGUGCACUACCUGGUGGAGGACUUGGGACUGGUGCACUACCUGGUGGAGGACUUGGAACUGGUUCACUACCUGGUGGAGGACUUGGGACUGGUCUACUACCUGGUGGUGGACUUAGAACUGGUGCAUUACCUGGUGGAGGACUUCCUGGCGCUGGAACAGGCUACGGAGCAGAUGCAAAAGCCCGUAAAUAUGCUCUACUCAGAGGUGCUGGUGGUGGUGUAGGCCCGGGAACUGGAUUUGCUCCAAGUGUUGGUGGAUUACCAGGUGCUGGUUUGGGACCAGGUGGGACAGGUGCUGGACUUGGACAAGGAGCAAUUCCAGGUGUUGGCUAUGGACCAGGAGUUGUUCCUGGAGGUGGAUUUGGACCUGGAGGAUAUGCUGGGGUCAAAGCUCGCAAAUAUGGAGUUCCUGGGGGUGCUGGUGGAACAGGAGGAGCACUUGGUGGUGGAGCAGUGGCAGGCGUUGGUGGUUAUGGACCAGGAGGGGUACCUGUUGGUGGUUAUGGACCAGGAGGGGUACCUGUUGGUGGUUAUGGACCAGGAGGGGUACCUGUUGGUGGUUAUGGACCAGGAGGGGUACCUGUUGGUGGUUAUGGACCAGCUGGAGGAUACAGACCUGGCUCUGGAGCAUAUCCAGGUGGACCCAAGGCCUUAAAAUAUGGUCCAGGUGGGGGUGGAACAGCUCCAGGAGUUGGAACAGGUGGAGGGUUAGCUGGUGGUUAUGGAACCGGUACUGCAGGAGUUCCUGGAGGUGGAUUUGGUGUUGGAGCAGGAUUGCCUGGAGGUGGUGCUGCUGGAACAGGAGGGCUUGUGCCUGGCUAUGGAACGGGCAUUGGAGGAUAUGGACCUGGAUCAAAAGCAGCUAAAUAUGGUUUACCUGGUUCUGGUGGAGUGUUAGGAGCAGGAGGCGUGCCAGGAGCUGGAACAGGAGUGGCAGCAGGCCCAGGAGUUCUGCCUGGAGGGAUCGGGACCGGUAUUGGAUAUGGGGGUUAUGGAGGUUAUGGAGGUGUAAAACCACCUAAAUAUGGACAACCUGUUGGUGGGACUGGAGGUGUCUUAGGUGGUUUAGUACCUGGUACUGGUGUAGCUGGUUCCACAGGAGUAAUAGUUGGACCUGGUAUAGGAGGUAUAGCUGGUACCAAGGCAUACAAAUAUGAGGUGCCAGGUAGUGCGCUUGGAGGAACAGCUAUUCCAGGUAGUACAGCCUCUUCUGAUGGCUCUAAACCUGGACUUGAUGGAGUGAUUGGCAGCCCUGAUGGAACCCGUGUCGUUGGAGAAGGUCAAGGUGGCACUAAAGCUCCAAAGACUGAAUCUGGAGGAUCAAUAGAAGGAUCAGGUAUUGCGGAUGGACUAGAUGGGGUUACUGGGACAGGAAUACCCAUUAUAGCUGGAGGAAAACCAGAUGUGACUGGAUCUGCAACAGGAGUUGGUGACGGUGGGACGCUACCAGGAGCCAAACCACUAAAACCCCCAGUUAUUGGAGGUGGCGCAAUUGCUGGACGUGGAGACACUCCAGGCACUAUUGACGGAGGACUUGGAGGUGUAGGCACAGGUCCAGGAGGAGUCGGUGUAGUCCCAGGAGGAGUCGGUGUAGUUCAAGGGGGAGUUAAACCUCCUAAAGGAGGUGCCGGACUUGUACCAGGAGGUGCCGGCUUUUUACCAGGAGGUGCCGGCCUUGUACCAGGAGGUGCCGGUCUUGUACCAGGAGGUGCCGGCUUUGUACCAGGAGGUGCCGGUCUUGUACCAGGAGGUGCCGGCCUUGUACCAGGAGGAGUUGGAUUGCAGAAACCAGGCAAAAGUUAUGGCGGAGUUGGAGGUUUAGGACCUGGGGGAAUCCUGCCAGGAACUGGCAUCAGGUUUCCAAGUGGGGCUGCAGUGGGCAUCAAACCAGGAAAAACUUACGGUGCAGGAGGUACCCUUGGGGGUUAUGGAGGGCCAGGUGGAUAUGGAACAGGACCUGGUGGUUAUGGUACUGGCCUAGGGGGUCAGGGUGGACUUGGAGGACCUGGGAUUGGGUAUGGAGGUUUGGGUGGAGCUGGAACAUCUGGUGGUCUUGGCGGAGUAGGCGGGAUCCCAGGUGGAGGUGCUGGAAGUCCAUUAGGAACUGGAGGUCUGAGGUACCCUGGUGUGGCAGGAGCAGGGAAACCCAGUAAAACAGGCUUUGGCACAGGUGCCUAUGGUGGUCAAGGCUAUCAGCCAGGCGGUGCAGUGCCAGGAUAUGGUACUGGUUUAGGUCCUGGUGGUGCUUAUCAACAACCAUAUCCAGGCUAUGGUGGUGCUGGUACUGGUGCAGGUGCAAGUGCCCCACUUACACCUCAGCAAUCGAAAGCAGCCAAAUAUGCAGCACUUCAAGGCUUUCUGGGUGGGGGAGGCUACAGAGGAGGCGCAGGAUGUCAAGGCAAAUACUGCGGAAGGAGGAGGAAGUGAGAUACGAAAUGACCUCAUACUAAACAAGUGGUGCUACUGCCUACUCUCAAAUGCACUUUUUACAGUUAAAACAGCGCCUCAUGUAAUGACGGUGUAUGACAGAGAAUUUCAACAUCAAUGAUAUUAACCGUAUGAUUAUGUGUGAACUGAACAAGUGUCAUGUAAACCUCUUUGCACUGCAGAAGAUCUCACUGUGCAUUUCUUUUCAGAUGUAAUGUUUAAUCAGCUUUCGUUUUAAAAGAGCUUUAGAUUUUUUUAUAUUAUUUUCAACCCCACAGUUUAAAGUUACAUUCAAGCAGACCUUAGAGGCCUAAAAGUUUCUCGCUCACACUUACUGUAAGUAGCUGAAUAUCCAGACAUGUGAUUUCUGGGGAAGUGUCGCUGCUAUUUCAGGAUGAUCUGUGACCGUGGAUGAAGCGGUGUCAUAGGCUACGUGUUCGGUCCACAUAUAAAAACACAUGUAAUUCUGUCUCAUGCUGUUGUAAAGCAGUCUGUUUGCAGAAGUCAAGCAUUAAUACACCAAUCUUUCUUUUCCCAAGAGUUACAGUCAUUGAAAGAUUCACUUAAAGAAUAGUUAUUUAGAAAGUUUAGAGCGAAAUGUUAAAUGUGCAAUUGUUUAAGUUCGCAGUACCUGAGGCUUAUAAGCUGUCUUCAAAGAUACCUCAGGAACUUGAAGCGGUUUCUUUUCUAGUUUAUCUGACCCCAUAACACCUUUUUUUUGUGUGUUUGUUUGUUAAUGGUAACGCUUCUUAAAUUAAGGAUAUCUAUGCAUUUAACCUAACUAGUUCUGGGGUUUGUAAGCGAUGCGUGUCGUGGAUGGUGUAUCUGUUUGUAUAAGUGCAACUAUUCAAAUGUGACCUGAACGUUUGAGAAUAGAAAUUCAUACAUCUUGCAGUUUUUUGUGUUAUUGUCGAUUUUCAAUAAGGUGCACUUUUUAAAUCAAAUUUUGUGAAAUUCCAUCAACUUCACCUUUUUUAUGACUUGGUUUUGUUUGUGCCUUUUAUCCAUUAAACAUUUCUCAAAUAAAUUGUGGAAAAACA